UUUCUAGGUAAAGGCAGUUCAAGCAUCUCAUCAGACGUGAGUUCAAGUACAGAUCACACACCGACCAAAACGCAGAAGAAUGCGGCCACCAGUGAAGAUUCCGACCUGAGCAUGCGCACUGUCAGCACACCCAGCCCAGCACUGAUAUGUCCACCGAAUUUGCACAGCUUCCAGAAUGGCCGAGAAUCUUCCACCUCUUCCUCUUCCAUCACUGGGGAGACCAUCGCGAUGGUUCAUUCGCCUCCACCGACUCGGCUCACCCACCCCCUCAUCCGGUCCGCCUCUCGGUUUCAGAAGGAGCAGGCCAACAUAGAUCGGCUCCCGGACCAAGCCAUGGUCCAGGUUUUCUCCUUCUUGCCCACCAAUCAGCUGUGCCGCUGUGCCCGCGUGUGUCGCCGCUGGUACAAUCUCGCGUGGGACCCACGGCUUUGGAGGACGAUUCGCCUGACCGGCGAGACAAUCCAUGUGGACAGGGCCCUGAAGGUGCUGACUCGGCGACUCUGCCAGGACACACCGAACGUCUGCCUCAUGCUGGAGACGGUCAUUGUUAGUGGCUGCAGGCGGCUCACGGACCGAGGACUCUACACCAUUGCCCAGUGCUGUCCAGAACUGAGGCAGCUGGAGGUGUCAGGUUGCUACAACAUUUCCAACGAGGCUGUCUUCGACGUGGUGUCACUGUGUCCGAACCUGGAACGCUUGGAUGUGUCAGGUUGCUCCAAAGUGACGUGCAUCAGUUUGACACGGGAAGCCUCCAUCAAACUCUCCCCUCUGCACGGGAAACAGAUUUCCAUCCGCUACCUGGACAUGACGGACUGCUUUGUCCUCGAGGACGAAGGGCUUCACACCAUCGCAGCCCACUGCACUCAGUUGACUCACCUCUACCUGCGCCGCUGCAUCCGCAUCACCGACGAAGGCCUCCGCUACCUGAUGAUCUACUGCAUGUCCAUUCGGGAACUGAGCGUGAGCGAUUGCCGCUUUGUCAGUGAUUUUGGCAUGCGUGAAAUCGCAAAGCUGGAGUCGCGCCUGCGGUACCUCAGCAUCGCCCACUGUGGCCGCAUCACUGACGUCGGUGUCCGAUACAUCACCAAGUACUGCGGCAAGCUGCGCUACCUCAACGCGCGGGGCUGUGAGGGCAUCACGGACCACGGGGUGGAGUACCUUGCCAAAAAUUGCACAAAACUCAAGUCCUUAGACAUUGGGAAAUGCCCCCUGGUCUCAGAUGCCGGCUUGGAGUUUCUGGCUCUGAACUGCUUCAACUUGAAGCGACUGAGCUUGAAGUCGUGCGAAAGCAUCACCGGACGGGGCCUUCAGAUAGUAGCCGCCAACUGCUUUGACCUGCAGAUGCUGAACGUUCAGGACUGUGAGAUCUCUGUGGAAGCCCUGCGGUUCGUCAAACGGCACUGCAAACGCUGCAUUAUUGAACACACCAACCCUGCCUUUUUCUGA